AUGGAUACGAUUGAUCAUAUGACUAUUGAUAACAAAGGUCUGGCUAAUAAAUAUUUUUCGGAUAAUACGUUUGGUGAAUUUGAUGAUGAGUUUGGUUUCGGAGGCCUUGGACAAAAUGGAAAAUACAACAAUACUAACAAUCAUUUAACUGUAGAUGAUGGAUUAAAUGGACAAAACGGACGACGAGUUUAUCUUGAAUCGCCUUCGUUGGCAAAAGAAGAAGAAGAUAUGUACAGAUAUGUGCCAAGCAGAAUGAGCGAGGUGCCUCCUGUCGCUCAAAAGGGAGAGAAUGUAAUUGAUUCACUGGAUUAUGAAUUGGAUUUAAUCGGUGCAAAUAAUCAUGUUCAAAUGCCAAUGCAGUAUCGAACGAACACUCAAGUACGAGAAGCCACACAGCCAGAUCCACUAACACAAUUACGAAGCACCCUAGUAAGAUCUCCAACUUCGAAAAGACCUGAUCCUCGACAAGAUCCUUUAAUUGGACCAUUACUAGCUGAACUCGAUGCGCUCUCUUCACAACAACAACAACAACUGAUUCCACGAAAUACGCAACUGUAUGAAAAUCCAGAUAAUAACGGAUAUCGAUCAACGUUUUCGACAACUAAAACUCGUGGCGUUCAUCAGGCUAGAAGUGCUACAGAUGUUUUACUUGAACAAGAAUUACUCAAUUCAUUAGACCACGAUCAUCAACACUAUCCAAAACUACCACCAUUUUCCGCACCAAAUGUAAAUUCGAAACCAUUUGACAAUAAUAAUAGUAAUAAUAAUAAUUUAUUACAACAGGAGCGUGUACCGUAUUCUGCUAAUAAUAAUUAUAAUUAUCAACCACCACAACAAAAUUAUAAUUCAAAUAUGAACGGCACAGAUAUUUUUAUGCCAUCAUCAUUUUCAAGGUCAGAUUUGAAUUCAGAUCAAUUUCUAAAUAAUUUUGGAACGGGAGUUGAUUUUGGAAAUAUUGGUGGCGGAGGUAUUGAUGAUCAACAAAAUCCAGUAUUUCAGCGAUCCACCCUGAAUCAAAUUGGACAAAAUUAUAUGACACGUCGUCCGCCACAGCAACAACAACCAGACAUAUCUUUGUUGGAUCAAAAUUCAUAUGGAAAAAUGUCUCCACCAAAAUUUACAAAUCCGAAUGAACCAAGGUUAAAUCCCUAUGGCAUGCCUUCAAAUAUCAAUGUUCCACCCCAACAACAACAAUAUGGAUACGGAAGAAAUCUUCCUAAUCAACAUAAUACUAAUCAUGAUCCAAGCACGUUUUAUCCACCUCAACAGCAGCAGCAACAACAACAACAAAAUGAUCCUAGGAUGGGUUAUAGACAACCCACGAAUGAAAAUACCGAUCCGUUUGCUGAAUAUCAUGAUAUGUUUGACUCAAAACAAAGUGUACGACCUCCACCACACAUACCGUCUAAUCAACAGCAACCAGCAGGACCGAUCGACCGAAAUAAUCUGCCUGUCAACCAAAAUUAUUCUAGGCAACAACAACAACCACAACAACAACAACAGCAGCAGCAGCAGCAGCAGCAACAUCCUUCAAACGCGAAUGAUAUGUUUUUCACUGAUAUGAAUGGGGGUGAUGAUCAGGAUUUUAUGAACAAUACACAUCGUCAUCAACAACAACAACAAUAUUCAAGUGGACCAGUAACAGCACGAACACAGGACAAUACACAAAAUGAUCAACAAAGACAAGCAAUAUGGGAUGAAUUACAAAAAACAAAUCAAAAAGUACAAGAAAAAAAUGCCAAGAAACGUGAAUCAGCGAAUAAACGAAACGAAUUCCGAAAAGGAAAUCCAAUUGGACCUGGAAAUACUGUUCGACAAGCACCAUCAUAUGGUAGUCAACAUUCAUCAGCACAAUCGAAAACAUCACCAACAAAUAAUUAUAUUGAUCAAAAUAUUGAUAUGAUUAAAAAUAAAGAAAAUUUUUUUUAUCGUUAUCCAGCUAAAAAGUAUGAAAAUUUGUAUUCGAAACGGAAGGAUUUAGCUAUCGGUGAUAAUGAUCACAGAUCUCGAUUAGUAUCGGAUCCACCACAUUAUACAAAUCAACAGAAUAAUAAUAAUUCUUUAACAUCAAAUAGCGGUCCUAUGAACGCAGUAGCAACCUACGGUGAUUCACAACAUCGUUCUAGUUUACCUGUAACAAUCAAUUUGAAUCCAGGCGAUAAUCCGAAUAAUACAAUAAAAAGUGGUCAACUACCGGCGACUGUAACAAUACCAUUGGAUAGUCGUGUAAAACGUGAUGGCGAUCACAUUAGUGUUAAUAUUGAUUUAAGAUUAGUCGAUUUACAAAAUAUAAAAAGAAAUUCUGUUCAACAACAGCAGUAUCCUCAAAAACCAGAUUGGUCAGGUCUAGACCCAUUAGAUCGUCAUAUUCGAAAAAUGGAGCAGAGUAUUGACAAGUCUCUUCCGGCUACAAAUCCUUCUAACAGAAAUUCAAAUACUAUUCCAACGACAGGUGCUAAUUUUCCUAUUCGUUCAUAUAAAAACAAUGAUUAUUCAUACUCAAAACAAAAUGGUGGUUAUAAUCCACCAAACGAAUAUUAUAACUAUAGUGAUAAAGGAAAAGAGGAAGAUAGUUAUUUAGCUAAAAUGCAACAAGCACAGAAAAGAACAGACUUUAAAACGUAUACUGUGAAAGAUUAUCAAAAAUUCAAGAAAAACUUUGGUUUUGGUACAGGUUAUUUGGGCUUCGAUUUUGAUAAUUCGACGUAUAAAGAAAAGAGUGAUAAAGUAAAUAAAACAAAGGAGUAUGCUCAACAAAUCGAAGCACGUAAUAAGAAAAAAUUAGCCGAAGGUCCACGACGAACAUUAUCUGAUACACGAUCACCAACUGAAGCAUCAAAAACUCAAAGGGCAGUAGAAUAUGCUCGUUUGGCCACACGUCAUGUUAAACCUGUUGGUUCUGGCAUAUCAACACAAUCGUCACCAUCGCCUGUGCCUGCAUCAUCCGAGAGACGUCGACCAACAGACGUUGCAUCACCACCAAGACAAUUAAAGCCCAUCAUACCAAGACAACAAGAUACCAAUCAUGAUAAUCAAUUAAUUGAACGUUUAACAUUAAGACAUGAUCAGGAAAAACAAAAGGUACAGGGUAUUUUGAACCCAAGCAAAACUUCAAAACGUGUAUUUUUAAAUGAUAACAAUAAUAGUGAUAUCGAAAGACUUGCUCAGGAUCGAGUUGAGCAGCGUCGUUCGCCUCAACGUAAUCCUCCUCAACAACAACAAAUACCAUCAAAUCGAAAACCUGUUCGAUUAGAUAAACCAUUGUUAUCAGAUCCACUUAAUUCUCAUCCGUAUCCACAACACCAGCAGAUGACAAAUGAUCUAUAUCCACCACCACCACCACGUCAACAAACGAUGCAUCAUUAUAGUCAAAACGAUAAUACUGAACAGCUAGCUGAACGUCAUAGUGAUGAAAAAGUGUUGAUGGAUGCAAUAAGACAGGAAUUAAGUGAACGACCAUUGAAUGAAAAUGAAGAGUUAAUCAUUGUUGAACAGUAA